UACCUUUCUUCCAAGGUCUUCUUCGCCGGUGUUUAGGGUUACUUCGCCUGUCCGCAUAAUUCACAUCUUUGUGAAGUUCAUUUCAUAUUCUCUAUUUUACAAACAUCUGCAAAAUGAGUUCAGAACGUAAAUUCUUUGUAGGGGGUAACUGGAAGAUGAAUGGGGACAAGAAAUCAAUUGAUGAAAUUGUACAAUGGAUGAAAAAAGGUCCCAUUGAUCCGAAUGCUGAAGUGGUAGUAGCACCCCCAGCCCCUUAUCUGCAGUAUAGUAGGGAACACCUCCCAUCCAAUGUUCAUGUUGCUGCCCAGAACUGUUACAAAGAGAAAGAAGGUGCUUUCACUGGAGAGAUCAGUCCAUUGAUGAUCAAAGAUCUUGGAGGCUCAUGGGUCAUUACUGGUCACUCAGAGAGAAGACACAUCCUUGGAGAGUCAGAUACAUUUGUGGCUGAGAAAACAAAAUUUGCUCUUGAUAAUGGACUUGGAGUCAUCCCAUGUGUAGGAGAGAAGCUUGAAGAAAGAGAGGCAGGCCAGACCAUGGAGGUGAUCAAUCGUCAGAUGAAAGCUUUGGCAGAUUUAAUAAAAGAUUGGACCCAUGUUGUGAUUGCUUAUGAACCUGUGUGGGCCAUUGGUACUGGUAAAACAGCAUCUCCUGAACAAGCACAGGAAGUCCAUCAGCAACUCAGGCAGUGGAUUAGCUCAACUAUUUCCCCUGAUGUUGCCAAGAAAAUUAGAAUUAUUUAUGGAGGGUCUGUUAAAGGAUCUAAUGCAGCUGAACUGGCAAAGAAACCAGAUAUUGAUGGGUUUUUGGUUGGAGGUGCCUCUCUAAAACCUGAAUUUCUUGAAAUAGUAAAUGCAAGAAAAUAGAUUAUUUUUAAAUUUCCCCUAAUUUUUAGCAAUGCUGUGUAGCGUCUAGAGAAUGUGGAGAUUUUUUUUUUGGAGUAGAAUAUUUAAUUGAACAUCUUGACAAUUAUUUUUCUACUGUUAAUUUAAAUGUACUUGGUUCCUUUAUUUUGACAACACCGCAAAAAAAAAAAAGUACAUCUAGUAAGUGUUUUAUCAACUCCCUUCUUUAUAUAUGCUAGUCCUGCUUAUUCAUGAUGCUUUUAUUUCCAUUUUUACAUGAAAGUUAAUUCAAUCAGCUCUUCUUACAAUAAACUAUUGUGUGAUUUGUAAUGUUUUGAUAUAUUUUUUAUUGCUAUUAAUACAACUACAAAUUAAUAGCAAUUAAAUAAAUACAGUAAUUCCCCUAGUGCUCUAGUGUCAUCAGUAAAAAAUAAAACAUUUUAUUAUUAUCUAUAA